UACCAUUUGCUUUUCCCUUUUGUAAAAACAUGGAGAUUGUUUGCAACAAGCAAAUUAGGGCCUUGGGGUAAACACGAAAGACUUCACCGCCCUAGUUCUGAUACGUUAGCACGCCACCAUGGGAGCAUACUUGUCCUCUCCUAUCACUGAUAAGGAAACAUUUGAAGGGGAUGGCCAUGGCUUGCGCUUCGGGGGAGGCGCUAUGCAGGGCUGGCGCCGCACCAUGGAGGACGCGCAUCUGGCCGAGGUCAACGUCGCAAACGACCCUAAUGUAGCUGUCUUCGGUGUCUUUGAUGGGCACGGUGGCGCUGAGGUAGCAAAGUUUUGCCAGAAGUAUAUGACCACGGAGCUGCAGCGACUGGAGGAGUUCGGGAAGGGCAGUGUGGAGGACAGCCUCACCAAGGUCUUCCACCGAAUGGAUGAGAUGCUCCGUGAUCAGCGGUAUGCUGAGGAGCUGGAGAAGCUAAAAACGAAAGAGUCCACGGAGGACGAUGGCGACGGCGAGGGGGGCAGUGUGGACCCGCUCGACCUGCUGCGCAGGGUCUUCCAGCUGAAGCGUUUUGUAGGUGGAAACAGCAACGCGGGUGAAGGUGGAAGCGGCCAAGCAGAGGAGAGCAGCGAGAGCCCUGAGGAGGAGCUAGUGCAAGCUGGCUGCACUGCAGUUGUUGCAGUGAAGUUCGGCUCCGACCUCUACGUCGCGAAUGCGGGCGAUAGCCGUGGUGUCCUCAGCCGUGGAGGUCGGGCUGUCGCUCUCAGCGAGGACCAUAAGCCAGCUCAAGAGGGUGAGCGCUCGCGCAUUAUCGCGGCCGGCGGCUUUCUGUCGGAAAUUGGAGGUGUUUGCCGCGUAAACGGCAACCUCAACCUCAGCCGCGCUAUUGGCGACCUGAAAUACAAAACCAACGUGGAGCUUCCGGCAAAGGACCAGAUUAUCACUGCGCAACCCGACAUCCGCAAGGUUACCCUGUCUCCAGAGGACCGCUUCUUCCUUCUGGCUUGCGAUGGUGUUUGGGACGUGAUGUCAAACCAGGAGGCUAUUGAUUUUGUGGGCUCCAAGCUCGACCAGGGCAUGACGCCUAGCCAGGCGGCAUGUGCCCUGCUUGACGCAUGUCUCGCGAGCGACCCGAAGGAGGCUCGCGGUGUAGGAUGCGACAACAUGACGGUUGUCGUGGUGCAACUGCAGCCGACCAGCGGCAGCAGCUAAGCGUUGGCGGCAAGCCGGUUGUGACUUUCGGUUAGAGGUGUAACGAUUGAUGGCUUGGGGUGAGCGGAUUGUCGUUGUGUGUUACACGCAUAUCCAUGGGGGUUAAGGGGCAGCAGAUCACUUAGAGAAGAUACAGCGCGUGCUCUUAGGGGCGCGCAAAAGGAUACUAGGGGGCAAGUGUGUUGCACGGGUGUUUGGACCCCGCAAUGUAGGCGCCAGUGCAGCCAGCGCCCGUUCACAUUUGAUUGUGACCCGGUGUGUUCGCGUGGGGGUAAUGCAGCGAAACAGCCGGGGACGCAUCCCAGGUCGUGUAAAGGUUAUGCCUGAACGCUUUUCAUUUCUCCUUCGGCAUUCUAUAGUUGCGCUUGCUGGGUUUCUAGAGUCAUUACAACUUGUAGUGGGUGGUUUCUACAGGGGGCUUAGGGGGGGUGGGGAAACGCUAACAGAAGAACUAUUAUGAAUGCCCUGCUGCGGAUUGUGUAGUUUGUGUAAAGACUGUACGGCAAUGGGUUUGCUCUGCUUUCUCGCCACUGGUGCAUUUGGUCAAGUGGGGCAGGUGUACCCACACGGCUUUUGGCAUGAUUUGCGUGUAAACGUUAUGCGAGCGGAUUUUGAGGAUUUUGGCUCCAGGUUUCAACUGCGCCCCGUGCGGGUAUCGUCUCUUCCGACAGGUGGUGGGAAAGGCGUUGCGCAAGACGCGCCUUGCAAUCGGUUUUGACCACAAUCCCCGUGCCGCUUGCGCCCUUACAAGUAACAAGGACGCUACGAAUGACGGCCUAAACAUGUGACUGCUGUCCUCAUUUA